GAUAAUUUAGCUCUGUCUCUUUUUUUAACGCCUUUUUCCUGUGUUACGUCAUUUAGUGAGCGAAGGACAGAAACAAACCACCAUCGUAACACACAAACCUCGCUUGGCUGGUCGUGCUACAUCGUCCUUAGAACUGUAGGACACAUCUCUCAGCACCAUCACUUUCAUCAACACCAACCGGUAGCAUUUAAGAAACAUGUUCCAAACAAGGAAUACAAUGGAUUUUACUCAAAACAAUACAGGUUACAGCCGUAGGUGGACCAACACACGCUUCUCAACACGUGACGGGAAAUAGCCGCCGAGCUUGCAGCAAACACCCAAUGACAUGCAAGCGUAGGCGCCGCCAUGGAUAGGGAAAUUUCUCCUGGCCAUCCAAAGAUUUCUGCAACUAUUCCUCAAUGAAAAACACAAAAGUUCAUUCGCAAUGUCACAAUCUCAAACACAGCCCACACAUGCUGGUGCGGCGAGCGUGACGGUCGUUGGACCACUUACAACGCCGUUCACGCCGUCACCAGAAUGCCUUUCUGGGCUAACCAUCGCCAGCCGCUACUUAGAUCCCAAAGACACCGAGACUUUCUACAUAACCAUGGGAUUUAAUAUGCUUGCAUCUGGAGCAGUGGCCACAAGAUGCUUGCCAAGCGCCUAUCUAUCUGCGCUAAAAGCGGAACAGACUAUACAGCCCAUAAUGUCGCCUGGGUCAAUGUGUCCAAUCGGUUAUGGACCUAGCUGCACAAUAGUUGGUAAAGGAGCAUCUAUUGUGGCCGCUACAGAUGUAAUUGUUUGGAGUGCUUUGCCAAGUACACAGACGGCAAUUGGUUGCUGUCCUAGCCACUAUACCUGUGCACAAGAUUCAUUGUACAAGUGUAUCUCAACGCCAGGGAUUAGCGAAACAGAAAUUUAUGCUACCGAAAUCGAGACAUUAUUUACCACCAUCACGGGGUCAAAGACGAUCGACAACACUAUCACCCUCUUUCCUACGGCGAGCAGCUAUACGAAGACCUGGGGCGGUAAUGUACACAUGCAAGCCGACAUCAAAGUUAUCGCAUCUGCAUUACAGGUGAUAUAUAUUCAAGACGAGAAGCCGCCCUCUCCAAACAACCAGACGACCAAUGAGGCCUCAAGCGCUACCCCAACGAUCGAUGCCAAACCUACUUCACAUUUACCUUUAUCUAUAAUAGUUGCCAUAGUCGUACCUAUUGUAGUAUUAUCACUAAUUUCGAUCGGCAUCUUGAUUUAUUGUCGACGGAAAAGGAGAAAGGUGAUGGUGUCAAAGCCUGAGGAAGAUUUUGGCAAACCGGAGCUGGACAGCGUCAACGCGAGUAUACAGAGCCACGAGAAAGAUAUUAAAGAAUUGCAUGGAGAAAAUAUGUAUAGUAACUCUCACGGCAUACGAGAGCUUGAUGGGGAAAUGAAAGCUCAAGAUCUAUACACCAAUGAGUUGGACGGGGACCAGCGUUAUGAGCUCCAUGAUGGGAGAGAGUAUAUUGCAGAGUUAGAUGCGACGGAGAAUGUUUCGCAAACCCAGCGUAUUCCGUGGGCAGACUCAUCGCGAGUUGGCGAAGGUGGUUGGAUUUAGUUGAUCUAUGGUUUGAAAAUGUCAAAUCACAUGUUUAAACAUCUAUGCUAUGUCGCGUGAAAAAGUAAUUGUACAAAUGCAGCUUUAGUCCAGCGCUCGCUUACUUCUAGUAGUCCUGGAAUACUGCCGCCAUGUCGUCUAGUCUCAUCAACUGCCCCAACAGCUUGUCUUGGGCCUCAAGAUGUCUGUUAUAUUUGUUGUAAUGCUCCGCCGUCAUAACUUCCUCUUCUUUGCCCUUGACGUCUUUGCGCUCCACAAAUGACAAGAUAUUGCGCUCGCGGUGUCUUUCAACCUGGAGUGUCUGCUGGCAUCUCAUCAUACCUUUGUAAAUAUCAUCCAUGAUGCGGGCCUCUGUUCGCUCACGGUCAAAGAACCAGAAAAACAAUGUGCGGUUGGCAAGGCGGCUAUUGUCCUUGGGGACUUCUUGCACGUCGACCAGACCUGCCAUCUGCAUUGCCGUCAUUUUGAGCUGGACGUCGGACUUCUUCAUAAGGGCAGCAGCAGGUAGCAUCUUCUCGUCCAGUUUGCCUUUUUCUCUUAGAAUCUUUGUCAAUCGCAGACCAUGACGACCGAACGACUGUUCAAUAUAGGAAUCAAGCUCCGAUUCCCUCAAUCGGUUCAUGACGCGCGCAAAGUCGACUGUCCAUUGGCCACGCCCCUGUGUUCCGCACUGUCUUAGGAAUCGAUAUCUGCUUUCAGACAAUAGGAGCAGGUGCUGGCGGAGGUGUUCGAUGCGCCUAUCUCUCGACAUACCACCAUCCUCAAACUUCACCUUUGUCUCUCGGUCUCCAUUUGUUUCCGCUACAUCAUCUUCAGAGUCUCCAAGUUCCUGAUCGAUAUCAAUUCUGAUUGACGCUCGACGUACUGGCAUAUCAUUAUCUGAUUCAUCAGGUUCAGUAUCUGAGUCCAUAGGUGCUUGUGGUCGGACCCUCUCCGCACUCUCCGCAUCAAUCUUUUCUUUCGGGGCUUUGCCAAUACCAUGCUGCAGACUCAGCGAGUCAUCAAGACUCCGCAGAAUAUCCAGUGUGGUCACAGCGAGCUGACCUGUGGAUAUAUCUUCAUCCACGCGAGGGUCUGACCGACAUCGCGGAACACUGGCUGUCAGCAGAUCUAGAAUAACCCGAUAUACGUCUCCAGUAAUAUUGCCUAGUAUAUCCAUAGCAAACGUUGCCAUGCGUUGAUUGCGCAACUCUACGAUACACUUCUCGUAGUUGACUCGAACGAUAAUAUUUGGGUUGAUGGAGGCUGUCGCGGCUUCAAAGUGGUAUCCAUGGCCAUUUUGUAGCCUUCGGCGCUUGGUAACUGGACCGCGUGUCUGAUCUAACUGUCGUUUCAAACCUUUGCCUUUGUCUCGGAAUGUUUUGAAACGUUCGCUGAUCUGUGCUUCCUGUUCACUGGUAAUCUUGGUUACCUUUUCUCCCGGGGCAGCCUUUGUAAGUUCUGUAACAAUUGUUCUGUGAACCUCAACAGGAUUUCGGAAGCUCUCUGCAUGGACAGUUUCCACGAUUUCGGCUUGGAUUAGACGUGCAAGAGUGUCAUUCAGCUGGUUGACAGACUCAAUCAUUCCUCCAGCCACAUCAUCACCAGUGCCAUUGGUGUGCCCAUUGACUCUAGGGGUUCUGCCUUGAAACGCCUGUGCCAAGUCGGCCACUCUGGCAAAUCCAAGGAGCAUUAAAGUUUGAACAAGGUCACGCUCCGCUGUUCCAUAUUGGCUUUCGAUUACUUCGAGUAUCUUUCCAAAUCGCACAAUGUUGUAGCUAGCGUCCGCGUUCGCUUCAUAGCUAGUUGACUUCGAGUCGGAAUCGGUCGAGUGAUAAACAAGAUUUUGUUGAAUGAGUACACUAAGCCCAUUGCGCAGAUACCGCGGUGUCACGGAUGUAUAUUGGGCAAGCUGUGCAAUUGUAGAACGGCCCUUUGUGAAGAGAGCGCUUAG